CAUACCAUCACUUUGCAUACCUUGCACCAUUCUCCCUCUCUUCCCUUGAUUAUACGAUCCCAAUUGAAUCACGUCUAUCGUGCCUCAUCGUCAAUUUCCUCAAUCUCCUGUUAAUCAUCGGGUCGAUAUCCUUCCUUCGUCGUCGUCUUCGUCGAAUAUCACAUCACAUCAUAUCGACACUCGAGUAGAAAUCAGCCAAAAUGGAUGAAGAAGUCGCCGCCCUCGUUAUCGACAACGGUUCUGGUAUGUGCAAGGCCGGUUUCGCCGGUGACGAUGCUCCUCGAGCCGUCUUCCCUUCCAUCGUCGGACGACCCCGACACCAAGGUGUCAUGGUCGGUAUGGGUCAAAAGGACUCUUACGUCGGUGACGAGGCCCAGUCGAAGCGAGGAAUCUUGACCUUGAAGUACCCGAUCGAGCACGGUAUCGUCACCAACUGGGACGACAUGGAGAAGAUCUGGCACCACACUUUCUACAACGAGCUCCGUGUCGCUCCCGAGGAGCACCCCGUCCUCUUGACCGAGGCUCCCUUGAACCCCAAGCAGAACCGUGAAAAGAUGACCCAGAUCAUGUUCGAGACCUUCAACGCCCCCGCAUUCUACGUCUCGAUCCAGGCCGUCUUGUCGUUGUACGCUUCCGGAAGGACCACCGGUAUCGUCCUCGACUCGGGUGAUGGUGUCACCCACACCGUCCCCAUUUACGAGGGUUUCUCGUUGCCCCACGCCAUCUUGCGAUUGGACCUCGCCGGACGAGACUUGACCGAGUACCUCAUCAAGUGUCUGAUGGAGCGAGGAUACCCCUUUACCACCACGGCCGAAAAGGAGAUUGUCAGGGACAUCAAGGAGAAGCUCUGUUACGUCGCCCUCGACUUUGAGCAGGAGAUGCAGACCGCCGCUCAGUCCAGUCAGCUCGAAAAGUCGUACGAGUUGCCCGACGGUCAGGUCAUCACCAUCGGAUCCGAGAGGUUCCGAGCUCCCGAGGCCUUGUUCCAGCCCAGCUUCCUCGGUCUCGAGGCUAGCGGAAUCCACGAGACGACCUACAACUCGAUCAUGAAGUGUGACUUGGACAUCAGGAAGGACUUGUACGGAAACAUCGUCAUGUCCGGAGGUACCACCAUGUACAACGGUAUCGCCGACCGUAUGCAAAAGGAGAUCACCACCUUGGCUCCUUCUUCGAUGAAGGUCAAGAUUGUCGCUCCUCCCGAGCGAAAGUACUCGGUCUGGAUCGGAGGAUCCAUCUUGGCCUCGCUGUCGACCUUCCAGCAGAUGUGGAUCGCCAAGAGCGAGUACGACGAAGCCGGUCCUACCAUCGUUCACAGGAAGUGUUUCUAGGCGACAUGAUCAUCAAGUGUCGUUCUUGGGUCUCCUUCUUUCUGCGUACGAUUGUUCUCCUUCGGCUUUUUAUAUAUAUAAACCCUCACCAGUUGUGCCUCGUUUCUUAAACCUUUCUUUUUAUGUGUGUCUCUGAUCUCGGGGUGUCUUGUAAAGUGCCUCGGUGGAUGAUGAUGAAAUUAUUCAAAAUGAGUCUAGCGGGCAUGGACAGGAGACGAUCUGUGGCCUGUGGAUGACGUUUCAUGAUCUCUUGCGGUCUCGGAUCUUACUG